AAACACCCCUGUGGAGGCAUCUGUUUUUCUGGGUGUAGAGUUACUUACGCUGGGUAGGGCUAAGGAUUUCCUGGCUUGCUUUACGCUGGGUUGCAGAAACGAGGCUUUUGCACUUCGCUUUGCGGGUCCGCUCUUGCGGUUUCAUUGAACAAAGCCCCAGCGAAAUCCCUGGGUUAUGAAAUAUUUCCUCUCCGCCGGGUCCCAGACAAGAGAUGGCAUCUGCAGAGCCAGAAAAGGAAGUCCUUGCCUUAUAGAGAGUGCUCUCGGUGUGACACAAUGGCUGAUAUAAAGUGUCGGGAGAGCUGAGCCGAAGGCAAAGGAACAAAGGAAGAUCAGGAUUCGGUGGCUGUCUCGGACAAAAGGAAAGCGGACAGCGUCUCAGGGAUGGAUAAGUUUAAGGCUGCGCUUGUGCUGGCUGGGGUAGGGGAUGCUCUCGGUUAUCGCAAUUUCUCCCGAGAAAACAACGCCUUAGGUGCCAAGAUCCAGCAGGAGCUGAAGGAAAUUGGAGGGCUUGAGAACCUGGUGCUCUCUCCCGACAAGUGGCCAGUAAGUGACAACACGCUCAUGCACAUGGCUACAGCAGAGGCUGUCAUCACAGAUUACUGGUGUUUGGAAGACCUGUACCGGGAGCUGGUAAAGCGCUACGUGGAUGCUAUCGACAAGCUCUCGGGGAGGCGGCCAGACCCUGCUACCAUCGAAGGCUGCAGGGAAUUAAAACCAGACAACUACCUUCUCGCUUGGCACACACCGUUCAAUGAAAAGGGUUCUGGAUUUGGAGCAUCCACAAAAGCCAUGUGUUUGGGGAUGCGGUACUGGAAGCCGGAAAGGCUGGAGUCACUUAUCGAAGUGAGCAUUGAGUGCGGGCGAAUGACUCACAACCAUCCUACAGGCUUUCUGGGGUCCCUGUGCACAGCUCUUUUUGUGGCAUACGCAAUACAAGGGAAACCCCUUGUGCAGUGGGGAAGAGAGAUGAUGAAGGUUGUGCCGAUGGCUGAAGAAUACUGCAAGAAGACCAUUCGCCACAUGGCAGAAUAUCAGGAGCACUGGUUUUACUUCGAAGCCAAGUGGCAGUUUUAUUUGGAGGAGAGAGAAAUCAAUGAGGAAAAUCAGAAUAAACCUGUCUUUCCGGACAACUAUGACGCAGAGGAGAGAGAAAAGACCUACCGGCGGUGGAGUUCCGAAGGCCGGGGGGGGAGACGAGGCCACGAUGCCCCCAUGAUCGCCUACGACGCCUUGCUGGGCUGCGGCGGGGACUGGACGGAGCUCUGCAACCGCUCCAUGUUCCACGGAGGAGAAAGCGCGGCUACCGGGUCUAUCGCCGGCUGCCUCUACGGCUUGGUUUACGGCCUGAGCAAGGUCCCCAAAGGAUUGUACCAGGACCUGGAACAACGGGAGAGGCUCGAGUACUUGGGCGAGAAUCUUUACCGACUGUCCACGGAGGAAAAGUAAAGCGGUUUCUGCCAUUUUCUCUUUCUAUAAAGACUAUAUCAAACCCUGUAGAUAACUGACUGACGUUCGUAGCGAAGGAAUUAGCCGAGAGUUAGUCCGAAAGGCUGUAUGUAGAUCGUGUGCAAGCGAAGAUAGCUGAAUUAUUCAAGACUGAUUAGAUAUUUACGGUCUGUGGGUUUUUUUACAGAUGUAGGGGCUUCCGAGUAUAAAGAGUGCUGCUUAAACCAGUGAGAUAAUCUCAAAUGGAAAAAAAUAAAUAAAACCUCUUUUGACUGAUUUCAGUCUAACUUGCUAUAAUACCACUUCCUAAACAGCCGUGACCAGUAAUUACACAUAUGAAAUUAAUUUUCAGAACUAAUGCUUUCCUGCAAAACUAAUGGUAGUACCCACUUAUGGGGAUAUUCUCUGUGUAUUUUACAAUCCUUUCACCGCUGUGUUCCUCCUUGUUCUCGAAUCUAAUGUGUCUGUGACACUUGUAAACCUAAUGUCUCACGGAUUAGCUUUUAAUGAACCACUGAUCCCCGCAUCAGCACUGUGGUGCAAGGUAUUGUUACAUUAGAAGCUUCCAGAAAAGGAAAAGCCAACACUAAAAAUACCCCCAAGGAACAGCAAACCAUCAGUGUGUCUAAAAUUUCUGAAUUAUGCUUUUAUUCUUCUUCAGUCUUCAGAACAAAAGUUUUUUUAAAAUAUAACUGGCUGAAAUAUUUGUAAAUAAAUUAAUCUUGCACUAUU